AUGUGCGUAGGACUUUUAAGCAAAAAGAAAAACANCGCAGUGAAGAAGAUAACUCCGAACAGUAUGCAAGGUGUUCGAGAGUUCGUCGCAGAGAUCGAGAGCUUGGGGAGACUAAGGCAUAAGAAUCUCGUGAAUCUCCAAGGAUGGUGCAAACACAAGAACGAUCUCUUGCUAAUUUACGAGUACAUCCCCAACGGAAGCUUGGACUCGCUGCUCUACAGUAAACCUAGAAGGAGCGGCGAAGUUUUGACUUGGAAAGCACGUUUUCAAAUCGCAAAAGGAAUCGCGUCUGGCUUGUUGUAUCUUCACGAGGAAUGGGAACAGAUCGUGAUUCACAGAGACGUGAAACCAAGCAAUGUCCUGAUUGAGUCUGAUAUGAACCCUAGAUUGGGAGAUUUUGGGCUCGCGAGGCUCUACGAACGCGGAUCGCAAUCGCGGACCACCGUAGUCGUCGGGACGAUAGGGUAUAUGGCGCCGGAGCUAGCACGCAACGGAAACUCCUCAUCGGCUUCUGACGUUUUCGCGUUUGGCGUUUUGCUGUUAGAGAUCGUCUCAGGGAGGAAACCUACGGACUCCGGGACCUUCUUUAUAGCCGAUUGGGUUAUGGAGCUAGAAGAGAGCGGAGAGAUCCUAAGUGCGAUCGAUCCGAGACUUGGAUCUGGUUACGAAGAAGGAGAGGUGAGGCUAGCUCUCGCCGUCGGGUUGCUCUGUUGUCACCAGAAACCGGGAUCUCGGCCGUCGAUGAGAAUGGUGCUUAGGUACCUGAACAGAGACGAGGACGUUCCUGAGAUUCACGACAAUUGGGGUUAUUCAGAUUCUUCAAGAAUCGAUUUAGGAUCGAAACUGGUCGGAUAUGUUUCGUCGGAUAGGGCUUCCAGCUCACACUCACACACAUCUUUGUCUCUCACAAGGAUCUCUUCGACAUCUUUUACCAGUGGUAGAUAG